AUGAUAAACUAAAAUGAUACUAGUAUCUCCAAUGAUAAAAAAGAUUAGACUAAUCAAUAAAUUUUAACUGCUGUACAUUGUAUUUUAGAAAAAGUAAAAAAUCUACAUUUAGAAAAUAAUAUUAUUGAAUAGAAAUACAAAAUUACUUUACUGCCAUAAAGGAUUAUAAAAGUUAAUAUGAAAAAACAUAAAAUGAAUGAAUCAGAGAAAUUACUAUUUUAUAUAAAAUUAAUAGAAAGUGACCUCAAUAAGUCGAAAAUACCUCUGUUUGAGUUUAUCUAUUACAUUAAAGUCCUUAAUAAUAAAUUUUAAUUUAGAAAUGAUUUACAAACUAAAAGUACCAUAAGAUUUUUUACAUAUCCACAUAUUAUUUAUUAUGUUGAAGAGCUUUUAUGGUGCAAAAACAAUAGUAGAAUGGGAAUCUGAUAUUUCAUGUGAAAUAGAUUAUUUUAGUUUGGCUAAUUUAGAUUUAUCAAUAGAUUUAAAUGAUGAAAUGAUUAUUGAAUAAUAAUUAAUAAUUAUGAAGAGAAGUCUUAAAAGAGAUAGAAGUAGUUACUCUUGGGCACUUGAUGAUGUAUCUUAAAAAUGCUAAGAUUUAUUAUUGGAAAACUAAACAACUAUAGAAAUGCAAAAUUUGAAAAUUUAUAGAGAAUUUAGAUAUAGAAGUGAAAAAUAAAAAUAAAUAUGA